AUGCUCAUCAAAUCGAUCGAUACAUCCAACAUCACCAACGCUUUCGUCUCCGGCAUGAAAGAAGACCUGGAUUUGUAUGGCAAUGAGUACAAUUACAUUGUAGUCGCUUGGACUAUCGGCUACAUCAUUGGGCAAUUGCCAUCGAACUUCAUCUUGACUCGCGUACCCGCACAUAUGUGGAUACCAUUCCAGGAAGUCGGAUGGACCGUGUUCACGUUUGCACUGGCAGGUGCCAAGUCCUAUCGUGCGCUUUUGGGCCUUCGUUUUGUGGUCGAACUUUUCGAGGCAGGGUACUGGCCUGCGCUUUACUAUGUGCUUGGGUCUUGGUAUAACAAGUGUGUGUGCCCAGAGCAAGGUCGUCGUUGUCACGAGUACUGUCAUUUUGUCGCAGGAGAGUUAGGUAAGCGCAACGGCAUCCUCCAAUCUGCGGUAUCGAUUGCACCGAUCUUCAGUGGCUUCCUACAGGCGGGCAUAUACAAUGGUCUUAACGAUCAUACUGGCCUGGCUGGAUGGAGAUGGCUUUUCGGUAAGCUUCAAGAGGCAUCAGACAACUAUAUCACUAACAUCAGCUUGGUCAUUAAUGGUGUCAUUUCCAUGCCGGUGGCUAUCGCGGCGUAUUUCUUCCUACCAGACACACCUGGGACAGCCAAGCCAAACUGGAUUUUCACGGAGCGGACUAUCUUCGAAUAUCUGACAAACUGGAAGACGCUUCUCUUCACCUUGAUCUUCAUGGUACAGCCCUUUGGUUCUCAACCAUUCCAAGCCUUCGUCUUCUGGCUGAAAGCACAUAACAAGAAGGCAGUGUACGGCUUGUUAUGCGUCUGGAUCUCUGACGGGCCAUUGAAAGGAAGACGAUGGCCUGUCAUCUUGUUCUCUAACAUGAUCGCCAUCGUCAUCUUCGCUUUACUUGCCGCGACCCCGGUCAUGGGACCCUUUUCGCAUCGCGCACCACUGUACAUUGUAUCUUCGAUUGGGGGCAGCAUGGUACCACUGACCUUGGCCUGGAUGGCAGAGCUCCUUUUCGAUAGCGCCGAGCAGAGAGCCUUCACUGCAGCAUCAAUGAACACUCUGCAAUUAUGGUUCCAGCAGGUGCAUCAGCCUUAUGUCACUCCCGGUAACCACGCAGCAGCUGUCAUUGCUGGUUUAAACCUCAUCAUUUUUACGACGAUUGCUAUGCUCGCACGCAGGGAAAGGUCGAUCAAAGUGCGCGCUGGAUCUGUGUCAGCUGAACCUGAUGUAGUGUCUGAUGGCAGCAGCGACGGCGACAAAGUGUCGCGCAAUGUGGUCUUGAUCCAUCCGAAGGCUGUCGAAGUAAUUGGCACCGCUGUGUAG